AUGUUGCCUUCUCGUGAGGUCGUCGCCGCGCGCUUCGCCGCGGCGGUGAGGCAGGCCAAGUCCGAGCGGAUCCCUCCACCGCCCGGCGCAGCCUGUCGCGGCAGGCUUGCCUGCGACGUGGACCGCUCGGAGGAGGCUGAGCUGAGGAGGCUCGAGAGCGGUGCCCCUGUUACGGCAUCGGUGCAUGUGAACCUGAUCGAUGACGACGAGGCGCCACCGCAGGAGAGCGGCCGCACGCCGCUCGACGAGCUCGACGCGAUCGACGACUCCGCGCUGAUGGAGGCCGUGGAGGCUGCUGCAGCGGAGCGCAGCGGCGGCGAGGCGCCCGGGCUCGCUCCCUGGUACUCGAAGCGAGCUGCGCCUGCCGGCAGCAGCGACGACGGCGACGACGGCGCCGAGCCGAUCGAGGCGGCAAAGGCACGUCAGCCGGCGGUGGCGUCCGGCGGCGAGGAGGCUGGUGCCGCGGCGUCGUGCGAGGAAGCUCGGGCGGAGGGAGCGGUGCGGCGGCUCGCGCUGCUGGAGACGUGCGCCCUGUCCGGCAUCGGGCUCGGCGAGCGGGCGGUGAGCGACGGCGAGCUGCGCGAGCGGAUCGAGUCGGACGGGUGCCGCUUCAUGCGGCUCGACGCGCUCGGCGCGCACACCGUCGCCUGCUCGUCGGCGUGGGGCUCCGUCGGCAUCCUCACGCGCGUCGAGCAGCGGACGACCGGCAAGGGCCACCCGCCCGCCUCGCUGCACGUGUGGCUGCACGACCAGGCGCACCGCGCAGGCCUGCGGGCGGAGCGCGGACAGGUCUUCGCCGUCCUCGCGCCGCGGCUCAUCCCGCAGGCGCGUGGGCAGACCGGCCACUGGCAGUGCAGCGUCAGCCGCGCCCCGCAGCUCCUGCGGGUGGGGUACGCUGCCAACCUCGGGCGGUGCAAGGCGGACUCCGCCGCGUCGGGCGUUCGCUGCAGCGCGCUCGUCCUCCGCUCGCACUCGCCCUACUGCGCGGGCCACCUCGCGCAGGCGGCGCAGCUCGCGCCGACGCAGCGGGCGGACGAUCGGUCGAUGGAGGAGCCGGCGGCGCCGCUCCACCCGCCGGAGCUAAAGGCGCUGCGGCCGGGCGAGGCGUGUGGCGGGUCGGAGCUGCGCAAGCAGAAGGAGCUGCAGGCCGAGUUUGGGCGGCGGAGCAAGUCCAUCGGAGGAAGGAACCUGGUCCAGCGCGUGGUGGCGGAGCAGCAGCGGAACGCGGCGCGCGAGGACGACGGCGAGGACGACGAGGACGAGCUCGUGGUGGGGCCUCCGCCCAAGCAGCAGAGGGCGGCCGAGGGCGGCGUCCGGUUCGGUUGGGAGGCGGUGGCGAGCCGGGCCGGGGAGGCUGCGUUGCGCGACAAGGCGUCGUCCGCAGUGGUGCAGCAGGACGCGGUGAUGAGCUCGGUCUUUGGGGAGGCGCGCGGCGACGGCGACGAGGCGCGAGCCGCGCUGCUGGCGCAGGUCAACGAGGCUGCUCAGAAGAAUGCCCGGCUGGAGCUGCAGAGCCGCUACUGA